AUGAAACGCAAUGCCAAACGUAUACAAAGUGAGCCAAAAACUCAAUUUUACUCUGUAAAAACCUCUAAAAUUCAAAAAAUAUUAAAAAAUUGCUGUUUUGAAGCAAACUCUUUAACGAUCAACCAAUGAUCAAUCAGUAAAAACCAAAUUAAACAAAAGACCGUACUUUUUCAUAUUGUAAACGUUAAUUACUACAACCUGAACAGGCUUUGUUUUAUUACUACAACAAAGUAUUCGGCUUUGUUUUGGCGAUUUGACACGUUUUUAAUUCGAUUAGGCUUAUUUUAUAAGGUUAUGUGUUGACAUAACAUUAUAAUUAGUUUAAAAUUUUGAGUAAAAUUAUAAUCUUAAAAAGAAUGGCAUUUAAAAACGGAAAAAAAAGUUUUGUCGUUCUUUAAUGUUUAAAUGUAUGUAAAUUAACGACAAAACUUUUUUUUACUGUUUAAAAUUUAAAUUUUAAUGCUUUUUUCAGAUUUCAAAUAAAAAUUUUUUUAAAUUUUUUUCAAAAUGUAAAAUUGAAGAAACUUUCUUUCCAAAUAGACCUGCAGGCAGGACCGGACAGGAACUUUUGGUCUGAGGGCGGUCAAAAAAGGUUGCUACAUGUGCCGAUUUCUUGCGAAAAUUUGUUUAGGGGGGGGGGGGGGAGGACACAAGCGCCCGGCCCUGCCUACAGUCAUUUUUAGGGUUUUGGUACUUAGGCUAGUACUAAGAGAGCACUUUUGAGCUAAAGAGUAAAGAUCACCUUACUUUGCCCUACUUUACCUUGCUCUAUCUUAUCCCAUCCAAGACCACUCUCCCCCAUCCUACUUCACCUUACGGCACUCUACCCCUUCGUACACUACUUUACCUCUUCCUCACCCUAUCCCGUUUUACCCUACUCUGUGCAACCCUAUCUUGCCUUACUUCACCUUAACCUACCAUGCCCAACAAUCAACUCUACCCCCCCCCCCUCAAAAAAAUACCUCAAGCCCAUACCUCUACAUAAACCCAUAAAGUAACAAAACCGUUCCAACCCAGUAACUUAACAGCCGGUCAAGCCGAGUAUUUAACUUUUGUUGGGAAAAAAGUUGUAAAGAAGAUGGUGACGGUCGCGCAGCUUCUCGUCGCUCACGCGACUUCUGGGCCCUCCAAAAAUAGAAAAGGAACGAAGCGACGUUUAAAACACAACCAUUUCUUGUUACAAUUGUCACGGAACGCCGGCAAAGUUAGGAAACUGGCUACAAUGUAAAGGAUGGGGAAGGGUUUAGUGUAAAUUAGAGAUGUUAAGGUGGAGAAGGUGUUUUGAAAGCGGCGACAAAAUUUAUAUAUUGUUUUUGAAUUUGAUAAACAUGAACAACAUACAAACAAAAGCAUGUUUUACUUCUUAUUACACUACCUUAACUUUAGUCUAAACUGAAAAAAAAGAUCUAAGUGCUAGGCCUAGACUAAGCCAAUUACGAUUUAACCAGAUUAAACUACGGCUAUGAACUAAAACAAGGGCCAAAGCUAAGGCUAGCCUUAGUUCUAGCUUAAAGUCCCAGCCCAGAGUCCUAGCCCAGAGCCUUAGCCCAGAGCUCUAAACUUAGCAUUCCCUAGCCUUGCCUUAACCUUGCCCUAGUCUUGCAGUAGCCUUGCCCUAGCCUUGUCCAAGCCGUGCUCUCGCCUUGCUAUCGCCUUUCCUUAGCCUUGCCCUAGCCUUGCCCUAGCCUUGCCUUAGCCUUGCCCUAGCCUUGCCCUAGCCUUGCCCUAGCCUUGCUUUAGCUUUGCCCUAGCCUUGCCUUAGCCUUGCUUUAGCUUUAUCUUAACCUUACCCUGGCUUUGUCGUAGCCUUGCUCUAGCCUUCCCCUAACCUUUUCCUAGCCUUACUUUAGCCUUGCCCUAGCCUUGUCCUAGCCGUGCUCUAGCCUUGCUCUAGCCUUGCCUUAGCCUUGCUCUAGCCUUGCCUUAGUCUUACUCUAGCCUAAUUUUAACUUUGCCCUAGCCUAGUUCUAGCGUUAGAUAGCUCAUGUGGCUUGUGUCUUAGCCUUAGUUUAACGCAUAGCCGCUGUUCUAGCGCAGAGUCUCGCUCUAACCUUAUCAGAACCCAAGAAAAAGUAUCAACUAACGUCUUUGAACACUUUUUACAAAAAAGUUAAGGUUACGCGAUUCAUGUCUUUACUAUAGUAAAAAUGAUGACUUUAAACGUUCGAGUGAGAAAAAAGAGAAAGGAAGACAUAAAGAACCCUUAAGAACCUUGAGUUAAUUACUCUUAAAACUACAAAGUAUGGUAAAGUUUGAUGAAUUUUGAAAAAGCAGAUCUAAACAAGAUGAGAUGGCAUAGCUUAACUUCCUGGUAUUGCGCGGUACAUUAUGUUACAGUAAAAGUUUUGGUAUUAUAUAAAAUAAAGUUGGCGUUUACUAUAUAAAAAAGCUUAUACAUUUUUAAAAUUAUGCUUCAGACCCAAUCCAGCACAUUCCAGCCCCAGCCCCAGCCCCAGCUCCCGCCCCAGCCCCAGCCCCAGCCCCAGCCCCAGCCCCAGCCCCAGCCCCAGCUCCAGCCCCAGCCCCAGCCCCAGCCCCAGCCUCAGCCCCAGCCCCAGCCCCAGCCCCAGCCCCAGCCCAGUCAAGGCAAGCCCAACCCAGCCCAGCCAAGUCAAGGCAAGCCCAGUCUUUUCUAUUUUAUUUCAACUCAGUCCAGUCUAGCUCCAGCCUUAGGUGCGGUUCCAGCUAUGACUUUAGCGUCAGCUGCGGCUUCAGCGUCAGCGUCAGCGGCAGUGUCGGCGUCAGCGUCAACUUCAGCGUCAACUUGAGCUUCGGCUUCAGCCUCAACCUCUGUUCUAAACCUAACCUUUGCAUCACUAUUACCUAUAGUAUUAUAUGUAUGUAA